CUUACUCCUCAAUCCACGCAGAGAAACGAAGCUCGCCUUUCUCUUCGAAAAGACCUAACUGCCCCUCUUCUUCGGCCUAUAAACCCGCUCUUUUCGGGCCCAUUUACGUCACCGGUGAACCUCCGUCUGUUGCCGGAGCUCUCCGUGCUCCGACUAUUCCCGUGGCUGCAAUCUCUGAGUAUGAGAAUUUAGUGGAAGGUGAGGUGAGUGGUGUUCCGGCGAUUUGACUCUGGUUUGUUGGCGUCGAUGCCGCGGAGGCAUAGAGGGGGGAGAGUUUGGGACUGAGGAAUGGGUUGCGUUCAGAGCAAGAGAGCUUCCAGAGAUGACCCGAGCGCGGCCGGGGAGUCGGACAGGCAGCGGGAGCUGGAGGAGCUGUCAAACGCUCUUAAGAAUGUUGUUAAGGGUAGGAAGGAGGGAAUGGAGGUCGCAAGGGGGGUGGAGAGGGAGAAGGUUACACGUGCCGGAGAUUCCCCGGCGACGGAGCGGCGGCGACCGCGUCCGGAGCCGUACUUGAGGAGCCAACGAGGGUGGCCGUCGUGGUUGUUGGACGCCCUUGGUGACGGAAUCCAGGAUUGGACUCCUCGCUGCGCCAACUCCUUCGAGAAGCUCGAUAAGAUCGGCCAAGGAACGUACAGCAAUGUUUAUAAAGCAAGGGAUCUAAUUACAGGAAAGAUAGUAGCUUUGAAAAAGGUUAGGUUUGAUAAUUUGGGGCCAGAGAGCGUGAAAUUCAUGGGAAGAGAGAUUCUUGUUCUUCGAAAACUCAAUCAUCCCAAUGUGAUUAAGCUUGAAGGUUUGGUUACAUCAAGAAUGUCUUGUAGCCUCUACUUGGUUUUUGAGUACAUGGAGCACGAUCUCGCAGGCCUCGUUGGCCAUGGCUCCUAUCUCUCCACCAGCCAAGGCCGCAAAUUCACUGAGCCACAGGUCAAAUGCUUUAUGAAGCAAUUACUCUCUGGGCUUGAGCAUUGUCACAACCAAGGUGUUCUGCAUCGAGAUAUCAAGGGUUCCAAUCUGUUAAUCAACAAUGAAGGAAUUCUAAAAAUAGCUGAUUUUGGACUGGCUACUUUUUUUGAUCCUGACCGCAGGCGGCCCAUGACUAGUAGAGUUGUCACUCUUUGGUACCGACCCCCAGAACUACUUCUUGGGGCCACUUAUUAUGGUGUUGGUGUUGACCUUUGGAGUGCUGGCUGCAUUUUGGCGGAGUUGCUUGGUGGGAAGCCAAUAAUGCCUGGACGAACAGAGGUUGAACAAGUGCAUAAGAUAUUCAAGUUAUGUGGCUCCCCAUCUGAAGAAUAUUGGAAGAAAUCCAAACUGCCACAUGCAACAAUCUUUAAGCCGCAACAGCCGUACAAACGCUGUGUAGCAGAAGCAUUCAAGGAUUUCCCUUGUUCUUCGCUUCCUUUGAUUGAAGCUCUUCUUUCAAUUGAUCCUGAUGACCGAGGCACUGCCACUUCUGCUUUAAAUAGUGAAUUCUUUACUACUGAACCAUAUGCUUGUGAGCCGUCAAGUUUGCCAAAGUGUCCUCCCACCAAAGAAAUUGAUGUAAUAAAAUUAAGAGAUGAAGCAAGAAGGCAAAGAGGGGUGAGCGGGAAAGCCAAUGUUGUUGAUGGUAACAGAAGAGUCAGAGCUCGUGAUCGGGGUGGACGGGCAGUUCCAGCUCCAGAAGCCAAUGCAGAGCUCCAAGCAAACUUGGAUAAGUGGAGAGUGAUGAAUCCAGCAAAUUCCGAGAGCAAGAGCGAGAAAUUCCCGCCUCCCCAUCAGGAUGGAGCAGUUGGAUUCCCUCACACAUCACGCAAUGGACCUGUAUCAUUUGGUGCAACUGAUACUUCAUUUAGCUCAUCAUUUUUCAAUCUAAAGCACUCGACAUCUGUUCGACAUACUGGGACUGCAGGAGGCCCUUCAAAGAGAAAAAGCAGCAGAGCAGAGCCCCAAACAGCUCCAUCUCGUAGGUUCCUCCGAUUACUCAAGACAUCCUCAACAACUCCAUCAAUGCAUCCAAGCUCAAAGGGCAAAGAAUCAGUUUCAGAAGUUUUUGGCAGCCAAAAACUAGGGAAGGGGGACAAGUGCCCGGAUUGAGGACCGUGCAGAGGGUUCAAAGCCGAGAUCCGCUGCCACCGCCGCCACCUCCCCGAGCGCCACCAGGCCCAGGGCCUUGAUUGAUAAGCAUUCCACACAUUUCAUAUGUAUCAAAACUUAAUAUUAACGAUGGUAAUAGCAAUUACAGCCAGUGUUAUCUUCGUAUAACACACUAUUUAAUUGUAUCA